GUUUCUUCAGAAGAAGUAUCAACAAAAAUGUUGUUUACCAGUGUAAGUAUGGCAACAACUGUGAGAUUGACAUGUACAUGAGGAGGAAGUGUCAGGAAUGUCGACUGAAGAAGUGUCUCAGUAUUGGAAUGAGGCCGGAAUGUGUGGUGCCAGAGUAUCAGUGUGCCAUCAAGCGAGAAUCCAAAAAGGGUCAACGAGAGAAAGAUAAACCGAACAGCACUACAAAAGAAGUAAACUGCUUUGAUAAGGAAGAAAAACCUCAGAUCCCAGGAAUAAAACCUCUUGAUCCUUCACAAGAAGACGUGAUUAACAAACUAGUAUUAUUCCAAGAAGAGUUUGAAUCUCCAUCUGAGGAAGAUCUGAAAAAAAUAUCUACGUUCCCGACGGGUGAGAGUGAGGAAGAUAGUUUACGAAGAUUCCAACACAUCACAGAAAUCACUAUUCUUACUGUUCAGUUGAUUGUUGAAUUCUCUAAACGUGUUCCUGGUUUUGACACCUUGCUAAGGGAAGACCAAAUUACCCUCUUAAAGGCCUGCUCGAGUGAAGUUAUGAUGCUGAGGACAGCAAGAAAAUAUGACAGCAGGACAGAUUCCAUUGUCUUUGCUAAUAACCAGCCUUACACAAGAGAGAAUUAUCGUAGUGCUAGUGUCGGAGAUUCGGCCGAUGCUUUGUUCAACUUCUGUCGCCGUAUGUGCAUGAUGAAAGUGGACAAUGCAGAGUAUGCUUUGCUCACUGCUAUUGUAAUUUUCUCAGAGAGACCAAGCCUUGUGGAGCCCACCAAGGUUGAGAAAAUUCAAGAAUUUUACCUGGAUACACUGCGAGCUUACAUUGAAAACCACCGACCACCAGGAAGGAGUUAUUUUGCUAAGCUUCUGGCUGUGCUAACAGAACUCCGAACUCUCGGUAACAUGAACUCUGAAAUGUGUUUCUCACUCAAGGUCCAGAACAAAAAGCUACCACCCUUCUUGGCUGAAAUUUGGGAUGUUCUGGAGUGAUCCCUGGUCUUCUUUUUCAUACAGGAAAAUACAACCAUUUUGGAAAAACCAAAAAAAGUGACCAGUUGCGAUCCUUGUUCUGGACAGAGUGAUGAAUGCAGCAAGUAAUAGUUUUCAAGCGUUAGUGUGGUGCUGUGAAUGAUCACUGAUAAAAAAAAUCUCAUGAUAAUAUUGAUUAGUUACUGUUUUCUUGGUCACUGGAUCCUUAGUGGUUAUGGUGUUGUCUUACUAUUCAAGUAUUGUUUUGUUGAAAUAAGUUGUCAUUUGGGUCUUCUUAACCCCCCCUCUUUAGCCCACGAAGAACUUGUUAUCCCCUAUUAUUGAUCUAACCAUUUUAUACUUCACUCAUUAAGAUGGAGCCAUCCAGGUAAAAGAAAAAAAAUUUUCUUUGCCUCAAAACGUUUUAUGCUGUGAAAUAUUUUACAUUAUGAACCAGUGGGGUAUUCAUUCCAGAACAUAAUGUAUAUGACGUAUUAAUUGGCUUUUUAUUUAUAUAAAGAUAAUUUUAUUGUAGUUUGAUUCACAAGAUAUCUUUUGACGAGUGAGUAGCAUGUUAAUGUAAAGGACUCUUACAGAAACCUUAUGUUAAGAAAACUAAUUCAUUCCAUCCAUGGGCUUAAGUAGGUGUAGAUUGUUUGGAACUUAGUAGGUGGAAAGAAACAUUUCAAAGAGUUAUCAUUUUAAUGCGUUAAUAAAAGCAGUUUUUAUCAUCUUCCAAGAUGAAAAGUUUAGGUGUUAGAUCUAUACUGUUAUCAGAAAAAAAACGUGAAUCUUAUUUUUAUUGGGUUGUAAGAAGUCACUUACUCCAAAGGUUGUGAAUUGACUUAUGAUGUUUGAUUUAAACUCUGGAUUUUGGUGAAAACGCACAAGUGAACUGAACAGGUGCAAUGGUACAGUGUUCUGUACGUGAAAACGGAUGAGAGAUUGGUUAAACUUUGGCAGGAAAGAAAGUUAACUUGAAACUCGUCUAGUUUUAAGUCAGUUUUGACACCGGUGAUUUUCUGUGAAGAAUGAUGAUAAAAGAGUACUUCUUCAUCAGUGUUUCAUUUCAUUUGAAAACAAAGUGGACCAUAUCUUGGAAUUUAUCAGUUGUAUAAUUAAUUUUUUUACCAUCUUCCAGUAGAUCAUAAAGGAACAACAAAUAAGUGGUAUCUAGCUGAUAGAGCAGUUAAUUAAAUACAUCACGUCUCUAAACAGAAGAAAAUAUUUUUAAACACGUAAAUGUAUUUUCAGGGUUACGUUUUUAUUUGUUCUUUUUUGUAUCACCUACAAAUCUAUAGAGUGCCUAUAGUCAAGCUGUUUUAAUAUUACGUUACACCCAAAAUGAGUGAGUAACAGCCGAGAACAAUGGUAUGGUCUCUGCACAGAACAUUUUGUAAUCAUUAGUGAAAAGUCGUCACCAGGAAAUACUGUCAACUUGAGGAUUGUGCAGAUGUGCAUGCUUUGUUGAUGCUAUCAUAAAAUUUCUUGAGCGGUGGUGUUUGAUGAAGGUAAAAUUGUGUGUUCCUCAAAAUGAAGACAGGAUAAUUUAGUGAAAACAGAGAAGAUAUAAUGAUAACUAAAAUACAAAAAUUUCAGUUGUAAAGUUAGGAGAGAAAUUAAUUUAUGUUAUAGGGUUAUUUCCUAUUAAAGAUAAUUUUACAGCCACCUGGCAGAAACAACGAUAAACUUUUUUGCACUAACAACAAGCUAACAAAUCCUUGGCCAUAUAACUGGAGUUAUAGUGUGAAAUAGAUGAACUGGAACCUAGCACUCAUGCACUAAGUAGCAAAUAUAUGACAUAGAAAUUGAACAUUUCUGAGGAACAAUAGAUGGGCUGGAAGAACUGUAAGUAAUAUCGUCUGAUGUUAACCAUAUAAACUAGUACAACAAGAACUUUCAUUUCUAUACAUAAACUAAAACCAAAACUUUGAUAAGCUACUUCAAAGAAGAUACAAAGUUGCCUUUAAUACUCUUAUAUCAAUUCUAACUUUGAAAUAGGUUUUUGGUGCUGAAAUAGUAAAAUUUACUAGAUAUUUUUACUAGUUUUACCUGAAACAGAUCUUAGAUUAUUCAUGAAUAGAGGAUGUAAAAUAUGAUUUUAUAUCUAUAUCUAUCUAUAUAUUUAUAUAUGUAUGUGUGUUUUGCAAUUAAUAGAUAUAUAUCAUACAAUGUGUAUGUUUCAGAUCUUUGUUUUAUUCCUUGUGAGCAAACGAGCCCUAGAUUGUAGUUGUUAUUAACAUUUCUCAUUAACAAGCAAUUUUAACUGGUUUUCUUUACAAAAGUUAAUUUACUUGUCUAUUGUGAUUUUUCAGAAAUUUAUACUAGGUAUAGUGUAUCUGUUUGGUAGCUUUUAGUUUUAUUUAUUAAUAGUUAUUAAAACAAAAUCUAUUGUUUGUUAAAAAGAAACUCAAA